AUGGAAGUCAACAAAGACGAAGCACUUAGGAGCUUGGAAAUUGCACGAAGCAAAUUAGCUUCAGGAAAUAUAGCUGUAGCAAUUAAGUUUGCUCAAAAAUCUAUUAAUUUAUAUCCGACGCCUGAAGCUCAAGAUUUUCUUAAAAGAGUUGAGAAUAAUAAAACUACAACACAAACAACUGGGAAAGAAAAUGAUCACCAUAGAAAAGCUUCACCUACACCGCCCUCACCGUCAAGCUCUUCUAGAGAACAUAAACAAGGAAGACAAACUAAAGAAUAUACUAAAGAACAAGUUGAUGCUGUCAAACGAAUAAGAGCUUGUGGAGUACAUGAUUUUUAUGCUAUACUUGGUAUAAGUAAAGAUGCUAGCGAUUUGGAAGUCAAAAAAUCUUAUCGAAAGUUAGCGUUACAGAUGCAUCCGGAUAAGAAUGGUGCUCCGGGAGCAGAUGAAGCUUUCAAGUUGGUUAGUAAAGCAUUCCAAGUUUUAAGUGAUCCACAAAAGCGUGCAGCCUUUGACGAAAAUGGGAUUGAUCCGGAUUCACGUAAUACUGGAAUGCCAUCAGGGUUUGGAGGUGCACGAUUUAACGCAAAUGGAGCGGUUUUUGCUGAUGAUAUUUCACCUGAAGAAAUAUUUAAUAUGUUUUUCAAUACAGACACGACAUUUGUUGGACCAGGAUUUAGAGCACGUAGAUUUCAAAGAGCAUCGCCUAAUGGAGACGGUGUACAAGAACAACAAUCAUCGGCAUUUCUUACAUUUCUUCAACUAUUACCACUUAUUUUACUUUUCUUAUUUUCAUUAUCAUCGAAUUGGCUGACACCAAUUCCGGAACCAAUACCACCAUAUUCACUUCAACAAACCAGCCACCAUACGCAUACAAAAUAUACAAAUUUAUUAAAUGUUCAAUAUUUUGUAGAUCCAAAAUCAUUUUCAUCAUUCGAGCAAAAUCCAAGAAAAUUACAGAGAGUUGAAGAUAAUGUUGAAGUUACAUAUGUUAAGUCGUUAACAUCACAAUGCAAUAAUGAGGCAAUUUAUAGACAUCGAAAAAUAAAUGAAGCAAGUGGUUGGGUAUUUCGUGAUGAAGAAAAGUUAAAAGAGGCUCAGCAAAUAAAAAUGCCUAAUUGUGAGAAAUUAAUGGAACUAAGUAAAACUAAAAGAUAUAAUGAAGUACGGAGGAUGAUGAGAUCAUAA